AUGUACAAAGCACAGUUUGUUGUCUCUUCUUUUUCGGCCCCGGGCUCCCAGUUUUAUCACGUUAACUUCAAGCCGGCAGUCGGACUUUCAAAAGCGCAACUGCUGAACUGUACCUGCGACCAUUUCACUCGGGUUGGCAGUGGUUGCUUACACAUGUAUUACCUGGCCCGAGAGUACCGCAUGUUGGUUGUCGAGGAGGCACCUAGUAACCAACACCCCAUCGAUCCAAUCUAUGUUGAGAGUGAUACGGACGUUGAAGUCGUAUCAAAUGGGCGACCGAGACCCAAGAGACGAAAUUCUCUCGUAUUUUCACCUCGAGAGUCGAUUGUUUCGAAGCGUGGCUGCUUUGACGCGCCAUCCAUCCCUGCUUUCAGCACAUCGCACCCGAACCUUUGUCCUCCACAGAUUGAAAUGCCAACGGCCGGUACCAGUAACGGUGCUUACUCCAUCAAUGUCCUAUCACACUCAUCCAGCCCCAACGUCAGUCCAGCUAUCGCCAAGAAACCUCAUUUCAGCGGCAAUGUUGGAAAGGCACUUAACUCUUUGAUGAUGAUUCUCAAACAAGCGAUUGAAGGGAUGAAGACGAAGAAGGCAAGACAGGCAAUGGCCGAUGUCACACCACCGGCGACAAUGAAUCACUUUCAACUCAUAUGCAAUACCCUUCUGCGCCUGGUUGAAGAGCGGUCACAGGGUCAUCCCCACACGCUGCCGCCGGUUUUUUUGGGGAUGGGAGAUACUUUGCGCUUGAGUAAUGCGGAGCUUUGGGUCAUUAUCAGUGAGAUGCAGGGAGUCGCGCUGGCUGCACUGAAGAAGACACUUGGGUUGCUAAAGGUCGACAAGCACUCGAAGGCGUUUGUGGCGAAUUCAAACGAGCUUUCGGUAGCGUCUUUCAAAGAGCGAUGCUAUGAAGUGGUUGGGUUACUUGAGGAGGCAAAGGUUCUAGCUGCAAGGGUACAGGUGCGAUAG